UCGUCGGUGUGGCUAGCGGAGCUUGGCAAUGGGCUGGGCGGCGUUGGAGCUGCUGGGGCUGGCGCUGAGCGUGCUGGGCUGGGCGGGGGCGCUGCUGGUGGCGGCGCUGCCCAUGUGGCGGGUCUCGGCCUUCCUGGAGCACAACAUCGUGGUGGCGCAGAGCACGUGGGAGGGCCUGUGGAUGGACUGCGUGGUGCAGAGCACGGGCCAAAUGCAGUGCAAGGUGCACGACUCGGUGCUGGCGCUGCGGCCGGAGGUGCAGGCCGGGCGGACGCUGACGGUGCUGGCGGCGCUGCUGGGCUUGGCGGCGCUGCUGGUGACGGUGGCCGGGGCCCGGUGCACCACCUGCCUGAAGGCCGGGCGCGUCAAGGCGCGGGUGGCGGGCGGCGGAGGGGCGCUCUUCGCCGCCUGCGGCCUCCUGGUCCUCGUGCCGCCCUCCUGGUUCGCCCACCUCAUCAUCCGCAACUUCUACGACCCGGCCGUCCAGGCCUCGCAGAAGCGCGAGAUGGGCGCCGCCCUCUACCUGGGCUGGGCCGCCGCCGCCCUCCUCCUCCUCGGCGGGAGCCUCAUCCUGGCCGCCGCCCUCCGGAGCAACCCGCCUCAGGCCCCCGCCUUCCCCGUCAAGUACGCCGCCCCGCGGAGGAGCCCCUCCGCCAGCCCCACCGCCGAGUACGACAAGAAGAACUACGUCUGAGCCCCCGAGCGAGCGAGCGAAGAAGGAAAGCCCCCUUGCCCUGGCUCUGGAGCAGCAGGCCUGGCCCAACUUGGGCCCUCCGGCGGCUUUGGACACCAACUCCCACCAUUCCUAACAGACGGCAGGAGUUGGAGUUCAAAGCCCCUGGAGGGCCCAAGUUGGCCCAGGCCUGCUCAGGAGGCUCUCCCAAGGGCCCUGAACCACGCCAGGGCCUCUCCUCUUCAGGCCCAUCAAAGUGCCCCGAAAGAUGCUUACCCAGGCUGGUCCUCCACAGGACUGAUUCUCCAUUCUUCUCUGCCUCUCAGUGCCCAUCGAAGGGCCCCGAAAGAUGCCCACACAGGCCAAGAUGAAGACUGGCUCUCACCUGGACUGUUUGUCAACUUUUUUGUGCCUCUAAAUGCCCUGAAAGAUGCCCACACAGGCCGGGAUGAAGACUGGCCCUUGCCUGGACUGCUUUUCGCACUUUCCGUGCCUCAAAGUGCCCUGAAAGAUGCCCAUACAGAUUCGGUCUUGCCUGGACUCAUUUGCCACUCCUCCACCCCUUGAAGUGCCCCAAAAGAUGCCCACAUAGGCUGUGACGAAAACUGGCCCUCGCCUGGACUGCUUUUCACAAUUUCCAUGUCUCAAAGUGCCCUGAAAGAUGUCCACACAGACUUGGCCUCGCCUGGAUUCAUUUGUCACUCUGCCACCCUCGAAGUGCCCUGAAAGAUGCCUGCACAGACUGGCCCUCGCCUGGACUGCUUUUUGCCCUUUCUGCCCCUCAAAGUGCCCUCAAAGAUGCCCACACAGACUUGGCCUCACCUGUUCUGUUUCUCCACCCUUCCGCCCUUUGAAGUGCCCUGAAAGAUGCCCGCACAGACUGGCCCUCGUCUGGUCUGCUUUUCACCCUUUCUGUGCCCAUCAAAGUGCCUUGAAAGAUGCCCACAGACACUUGCCCUCUCCUAGGCUGAUUUGCCACCCUUCCACCCCUCAGAGUCCCUCAAAAGAUGUCCACGUAGGCCACAAUGAAGACUGUCCCUCACCUGGACUGCUUUUCUCCCUUUCUGUGCCUCUUGAUGCCCAUCAAAAGAUGCCCACCCAGACUGGCCCUCUUCUGGACUGACUCUGCAUUCUUCUUUGCCCUUUUAAGGGCCGAGAAAGAUGCCCUUUGCCAUUUCUGUCCCUUCUGGUGGGCCUUCCAAGGGCCCCAGAGAGAUGCCGGCUUUCCCAGACGUCUUCGUCAGGCCCCUUCAAAAGGCCCUCAACCCGGUCAGGUUGGGGUGAAGGUUUGCGCUCUCCUUGACUUUUUUUCUCCCCAAUUCUGUGCCUCUUGGUGGUCUUCAAAGGGACCCAAAGGAUGGCAGCUCAGCCUGGGUCCAGGGUCGCUCACCUUCCGGACCACUUCCCACCCUCUCUGUGCCUUGGUGCCUUUCGAAGUGCCCCCCAAAGAUGCUGUGGCUGAAGACUAGCUCAUGCCUAGACUUCCUCUUGACCCUUCUGUGCCCCCAAAGAUGCCUACGCUGGCUGCGGCUGAAGGCGAGGGCUCUCCUGGAUGUCUUCUCAACCCUUCUGUGCCUCUUGGUGCCCUCAGAGGGGCCCAGGAAGGUGCUAUUCCCCAUUUUGGACCUCCCAAUGUCCCUCCUGAUGCUCUUUGAAGGGCCCAGUCAAUGGCCAGCUCUCCUGGUCUUCGUGGCACUGUUUCUGUUCCUUUCCAAUGCCCCAAAAUCAUGCUGGGCCAAAGACUAGUGCUCUCCUGGACCUCUAAGUGCCUUUGAAGUGACCAGAAACAUGCCGCUUGCCAAUUCUGUAUCUCUGGCGGUGCCUCUGGAUGUACUUUGGAAAGCGCCCUGAAAGAUGCCAGCUCUCCUCCGCUUCUGUGACUCAUUCAGGUCCCGAAAGAUGCCGACGCAGGCUGGGCUGAAGGCUAGCACUCUUCUCACUGUUUUAAUUGCCUCUCGAUGCCCAGAGAGAUACCAGCUCGACCUUCACUGAGCUGUUUCUCACCAUUUUUGUGCCUUCGCCAUGCCCUGAAAGAUGCCCACGCAGGCGGGGCUGAAGACUAGUACUCUCCUCUCCGCCUUCUCCCUGGCUCAGUGACUCUUUGAGGCUUUUCCAAGGACCCAGAAGGAUGCCAUUUGCUGUUUCUGUACCCUUUUGCUGCCCAGAAAGAUGCCAGUUCAGCUUUGGCUUGCAACAAACACUCUCUCGGACCUCUUCUUUCCCUUUGAAUGGCCUUUGGAGAAGACUGUCUUGCAAAAAGAACACAUUCCUGAGACUUUAGGGCUUUGGACUCUGCACUGUACUAGUCCUCAUUAAGUGAUUUGCCACAUUACUUCUUAAUGAGGUGCCUCAGGGGAUGACCAAUACACACACACAUGAUAUUUAAAUUGACAGUUUGUACAUUGUACUCAUCCCUCUGCCAAGUGGGUCCCUUGCAUUGUUUCCUAACUGGAAGAAAGGUUUUGGGAGCACCCAUUUGAAAUGGAAGUCAGCCCUCUGUAUCCAUGGAUUCUGCAUCCACAGAUUCCAUCCAUCAUUGCUUUUAAAAAAAUUUAAUCCCAAAGGCAAAGCAUUUUUUGCCAUUUUAUAGAAGGGGUGCCGUUUCAGUAGACCAUUGUAGAUAAUGGGACUGUAUACCGAACCCCGGUGGAUACGGAGGGCCUUGUGUGUAUUCAUUUAAGGCUUGUAUUCGGCACUGUCUUGUUCUCAGUGUGUCAGACUGCUUCUUAACCAAAGCAGCGUGACAUUCAUGUUCUUCUAAGUUCAAUUUUCUCUAAAUUGUUUUUGAAGAAAUCAUUAGGAAUUGAAUUUUCAGCUCAUUUUGGGCAUUGUGCCUAUUCUAAAUCAACGAUCCCUGAUGCUAUUUUGAUUAGUUUGAUUUUUUGCCUGCAAGAAGGAGAGGGAUUUGUCGAAUAUGUUGUCAGAGGCUUUCAUGGCCACGAUCACAGGGUUGCUGUGAGUUUUCCGAGCUCUCUGGCCAUGUUCCAGAAGCAUUCUCUCCUGACAUUUUGCCCACAUCUAUGGCAGGCAUCCUCAGAGGUUGUGAGGUCUUUUGGGAAUUAGGAAAGUGGGGUAUAUAUAUCCUUGGAAUAAUGUCUAGGGUAGCCUUGCAGCUUCAAAGCCUGGCUGCUUCCUGCCUGGGGGGAUCCUUUGUUGGGAGGUGUUAGCUGGCCCUUUAUUGAAUCUUUGUAAGGAACCUGUUCUUUGAGUUUGAAGGCCAGUUCUUUGAGCAUAGUGGUGGAUUCAAUCCCGGUUUGUUAUUAUUGUUAUUUACUGUAUUUGUAUGCCACCACAUGACCUUGGAGGUGUCUAUGGACAACACUGGCUCUUUGGCUUCAAAAUGGAGAUGAGCACCAACCACCCAGAGUCGGACAUGACUGGACUUAAUGUCAGGGGAAAACCUUUACCUUUUCUCACCCCUGAGGGGGCUCAAGGAGGUUUACAACAUACUAGACUUAAGCAACUACAGGGUCAGAUUGCCUUCCUCUGAAGUUCCUUUUCAAAACAUGUGUGGACUUUGUGCACAUGAUUUUUUAAAAAAGAUUUCUUUGAAUGACCAUUUCAGUAUUACAUACUUACCUCCAAAUAAAACUUUUUAAUGCAUUUGGUGCGGAAUCGGACACCGGUACUGGAUCAGACGCAAUUUCAUGUAAUCUUGGGGUGGGAUGGGGGGGAUUCAUCAGUGUUUUGAAAUCCAAGACCUUUGUACAUUUUAUAUUCUCUGUUUAUUUAUAAUAUAUUAUAUAUAAUACA